AUGCCACCAAAGCUAAAAGAUCCAGGUGAGUUUACCAUCUCUUGCACCAUUGGUGGGGUAAAGAUACCACAUGCUCUAUGUGAUUUAGGGUCAAGUAUCAAUGUAAUUCCCCUUGAUAAGGAUAAAGAAUUGAGUUUGGGAAAGAUCAUACCGAGUAAUAUGACUCUUAUCUUGGCUGAUUUAUUUGUCACUUACCCUUAUGGUAUCUUACAAGAUGUGUUAGUACAUAUCGAUGAUCUAGUUUUUCAUGCAAAUUUUAUGGUAGUCGACAUGAAGGGAGACACAUAUGGUUCAGUGAUUCUCGGACGCCCAUUAUUGGCAACUGGGAAAGCAGUGAUAGAUGUGGAAUACAGUGAACUUAGUUUGAAGUUUAACAAGGAAAAAAUGGUUUUUAAUGAGUAUGAAUGA